CAUUAUGGUAGAUAAAUGGAUGGCCCAAAGACACAAGCUGCACUUCUCUAAUACAUGUAAUUUAUACGAAUCUUCCUAUUAUACAUCUAGACAACAGCAUCUGAUUUUUUAAUGUAUGCAUAAGAGAUAUAUUUUUCUAUCCGUGAAUCAUUGGUCUUUUAUCAUAUUCCUGAGGGGUGGGGGGCGUUAUGGAGAUCCUCAAUAAGCGGAUGGUCAGAUGAAAUGGCACACAGAGGAAACAUGAACUCCUCGAGCAUUUACAGCACACUCGGACGCUUGUUCCCUAACAACUUUUCUCUUUGGGGGCAUCUCCAGAAGAACUGGACUAGCCAUGAUUUGACACCUUUCUCCAUCGACUUUCUGUUUGCGGGCCAUGAACCGGACACUAUAGUUUUAAUGGUGAUGUAUGUGCUAUCAUUCGUGACUGGACUGGUGGGGAAUAUAUUGGCGCUGUGGGUCCUAACGCGCCGGAGGAAUCGCUUGUCUGGAGCGUCAGCCACCAGGAGACUCCUGGUCAACCUGGCGGUGUGCGACAUGAUGGUGGUGUGCGUCUGCAUGCCGGUUAAUUUAGGACUUCAGGUGUACAACGCCUGGGUGUUUGGAGAGUUUCUGUGUCGAGCUGUGCCGUUCGUUCAAGCGGUAUCAGUCUCUGCCAGUGUUCUGAGUCUGGCUGCGAUCAGUUUGAACAGAUACUACAGCGUCCACAGCCCCCUGCACGCCAGAUCGUUCUUUACGACCAGCAGAAUUAUAUGCAUGAUAGCUGUGGUGUGGAUCGUAUCUUCUGCACUAUGUUUGCCGUUGUUUUUCAUGAAUACGACGAAGACGCUUUCCCUAAUAGACGGACUGCAUACAGUGACUGUGUGCGUAGAGAGCUGGUCUAAAAUCAAACUGCGCCAGGGUUACAACUUUUUGCUCUUCUGCGCGUUGUAUGGAUUCCCGGUGGUCUUUAACCUGGUCAUUUGCUUUUUGACCGGUUGGAAAUUGAGUAGAGGAGGCACAUCAUCAACAUCAGAUCCAAACCAGCUAGCGCAAACCUCUUCAAGAUCGCGCCUUAAGACGCGCAAGAGGAUCACCAAAAUGGUCUUUGCGCUCGUGUUGCUGUUCACUUUCUCCUGGCUGCCGCUUUAUGCCGUGGACAUCUGGAUCGACUCCAACAUUCCCAGCUCUCCUGAUCGAAACGACGAGUUGAGCAACGUUGAACAUCAUUGGAUACUCCAGAGCAGACCCUUUGCGCAAUGGCUGGGUCUCACCAACUCAUCCCUCAAUCCUCUUUGCUACUGCUUCAUCGGAAACUUGUACAGAUCGGCCAAAAGGUUCAGAGAGAGCUACAGAGAGAAGAUUUCAUCUGUCAUGAGUUUGACCAAUAGGUCUUCAAUUAGAAAUUCUGCCUCUAAAAUCCAGCAGCGCAACUCUGGCUCGUCUGCGAGAUUUUCGUCAGAAACAAGAAGCUACACUGUUUUCAGACUGACCAGAAGUAAAAGCGUGUCUGCAACGACUGUGUGUGAGAGUAUUUAACUGAAAAUGUAAUGAGACAGACUUGAAACAAUCAUGGGAAUAUGAAAAGGGUGACAGUUAUUGGUAACUGUUUCAGUUACUAUUAGUUAUUAUUCAAUGUUAUUGUGAAUUAUGUUAUCUAUCAUGGCUAUUUUGUCGUUUUAUUUUGUAAGUAUUUUCUGUUAAAUAAACGAAUAGAUUCUUCUGAAAACAGUCGAUAUGAGUGGAAAAUUGCAAACCCAGAAUGUGAGGCUCAAGCCAGGAUUAAUGGCACCGCUGAGGGGCUUUAGCCCUGACGUGUGGUUGUCUGUUAUUCCACCAGCUCCUCCUCACCAGAAAUCACAUAAAUAUUCCUACUGUUAUACAUUUUGAUCACUGCACUACAUUUACAGUCUUAAGAUACAAGAAAUUUAGCUUUAUAGCUCCGGUGGGCAGAACAGUCUAACACUCUUAAAAAUAAAGGUUCUUCACUGGCAUCUAUUGUAGAUCGAUGGCGUCAUUCCACUUCACCAUGCGUUUUUUCCCAGAACAUUCUCAGAACUUUGGCACUUUUUCAGUAACAUUAAUGGAACGUUCGUUCAAAGUUAUGUAGUGUUUAAUAAUGUUCUCAAAAGCACAAAAACGUUAUGUUUUUCAAAAGUAACAUUCCCAUGCAAUGUCUGCAGAAUGAUGUGACGUUUCAUUGUAUAAUUCUUUUUCAAACAUUUAGAAAACGUUCAGAGAACAAUGUUUUCAUAACGUAAUGGGAACCUCAGCAAAACUUAGAAUUUUUUUUAAAUAUAUAUUUUUGUUAUUGAGUUGUAAUUAAAAAUAUUCUUUAAAAUAUUCUAAAAUAUACUAAAAACAUUUUUUUAUAGGAACUGCUCACUGAAAGGUUAUUUGGGGAACCAAAAAUAAUUCUUGGUAUUGCUGAAAAGCCCCUUUUGGAACCUUUAUCAAUGACAAAUUAGAAAUCUAAAAUGAACCAUAAUGAUGUUGUUUCGGUGUUUGCCAUCACAUAAGCUAAACUUUGAGAGAAACAAUUAAUCUGUCGGAGAGUAAUGGAUUUAGGUAAUACCCUCUUCCAUAGUACACUAAUAUACUGAUGAUAAUUUGUUGCCACUAAGAUGGAGCACAGACAGUGAAUAAUAACCCAUCAUUUUGACCGUGCAAUUUAAUCAAUUUAGCAUUAUUCAGGCAUUUUAAGAUUAUCCUCAAGCGCAACAGAUUUUCUGUGCAUGAUCUGUGAUCUUGUGUGCAAGCAUGCUGCUAUAUUCAGAAAUUAUAAUUAAGACAGCUUUGCGUCAUUAACUGAAAACUGACUGUGCAUAAUUUGCCUAAAUGAAUCCAGGCAAGAUACAUCAAUAGAUCAGAACAUAUGAGUGCUGACUGUUGUAAAUGUGACAUAAGCAUCACUUUAGGUCCUGAUGCUCUUUUAUAGCCGAAUAAGCAAUGCACUACAUUCAACUCAUUUUAUUGUUUUCGAGGCAAAACUUAGCAUUUAAUUUUCAAUUAAACAGUAAAACAAUGGUGUUUCCAGGAUAACACUGGGCCUUUUAAGCUUAAAAUACACAUACAUCAACAAUAUGAGAAAUAUAAUAGUCUCUCUUGAUAUCUCUGCCUUGCAAAAUAGAAUAAUUAUGUUUAAAUGUAAAAACAUUGCAUUUGAAUCAUGUGUUGUUUCAUGCUUGUAAAGCAAUUUAAAUCUUCCUGUUUGAAGCACAGCAAGAAAAAAAAAAACGAUCUGUUUUUUACAAAUAUUACGGCUUUUUUCUCUUACACGAGUGCUGAAUUGCCCUGAAUCAUUAUCAUUUUUUAUACUUUUCAUCGUUUGUGGGCGGUGAAAAUUGAGGGACUAAGACCAUUUUGCUCUAAAAGAUCUCAAGAGUGUCCCAUGAUUGCAUUUAUUUAAACUGAAUGUCUAGCACAAAUGGGCUCCCAUCAGUCAUUCAAAAUAAAUGAGUGCUAUAAUGGAUGUAGUGCUUCUGUUAAUAACCUCAGAGAGCUUUAUGCUGUCAACAAUUCAGCCCUGUUUCAAAGCAUAAGAAACGUCUGUCAUGCAGCUUAAUAAUUCACACCUCAUGACCCAUAUAACAAAGCCCAUGGAUAACAAUCUGUCCUCAAAGUAAUGUACAUGUAAAGUAUCAAUUUGACCUUUUCAUUACAUCCUUUCAGUACUGUGAAUGUGGAAUGGAUUGUGUUUAGGUGCUUAGUAGGCUUCCUUCAAAACCUACAAUCAUAGACUAGAUUAUUGCAACCAGUCCCAUUUGAAGAAAAUAUCCAAGGAAGCAGAGUUAUGUAAAUGUAAUUAGUUACUGUACAUAAGUAUCUUUUUGGCUACUUUAUAGUUUGAGUAUAAAACUUAAUCACAUUUACUCUACAUUUUUGUACAACUAUACUUUUUACUCCAAUACAUUUGUGAAUUGUGAUAUAGGCUAUAAUGCAAUAGAGUGCCGAAGUGAGUUAGCAAAAACAAAGGCAUCAAUUAGGUGACGCCUUGGGGGUGAGAAUGGGCUGUUUUGUGUUGUCAAUGAUGAUGAUGUAGCCUAAAUGAAAUGCUAUUGGCAAUUUUGAAAAAACGGUGUAGCUGUUUGAUAUAUCCUGUCUUGUCUUCCGUUCCAAGGCACUUCAGUGGGACUUUAAUACUGCUAUAUUCUGAUAUUCUAAGACUUUUACUGAAGCAGUAUUGACAUUUUCACUGUAAGGUAUCUGUACUUUUUCUCAAGUAUGGUUUUCAGGUAUAGGCUACUAUUCAGUGUGGUUGUUCAUUACUUCUGAGGAUGGAAGAGACACUUGUUAGCACACUCAAUAAAUUAUAGUUUGCUUCCUCAUUGCUCCCUCACUUUUGCAGUCACACACUCUCAUCUUGACAUCUAAAGCUAUCCAUCUGGAAAACAAGAAAUGGGCUUCCUACCUCGUAUCUCUUAAGACCGGCUGCUGAGUUUAAUUUAAUGUGUCACUCCACCCAAUGGGUUCUUUGACACUACUGACCCUUAUUACUUCUUCUGUCAUUUAAGAAUAGCAACUGACCAUCUGAAGGCCAACUUUUAUAGGUAUUAAUAUGCAGUAUGGAUUCCCAAACCUUUUGUCAGCUGAAAUAUGUAAAAUUACUUUAAAGUAGGCCUAUCCCCUAAAAUUUUAAGUUAAUAUUCAAAUUACUUUAACAACACAUUUGCAUAUUCAAGGAUCUCUGAUGUUGGUUGAAAGUAAAAUGGGAUAAAUAGAUAAAAUAUAUAAAUUUAUAAUUAUAUUAUUUCACUUUGUAGCUGGACUUUAAAGUAGACCCAAACCUUUUUAUUAUAGUGUCUCAAUCCAGUUUCUUCAUGAACAUCAAUUUAAGAAAUCCUUAAUAAGGGUAUAACAACACUAA